AUGGUCGUCUUCCUCAUACCGAACAUGCGUUCUUUCAAGGGGUUGGGUACAUGGCUUGUCACCGCCUUCGGGAUCUUCCAUGUCGCCCUAGGGAACACCCUUGCUGCCCGAGACGAUGCGACCUUCGACUGGCUCAGUCUUACUCCGUCCACGAACUUAUCUUGGGUACCGUGCUACAUUGAACUUCAAUGCGCACGGCUCACGGUACCCCUUCAGUAUUCCGACCCAAGUGCUGGGCAGGCUCAGGUUGCACUCGUGAUGGCCCCAUCUAAUCUGUCGCAUGACGAUCCCGCGUAUCUUGGCCCUUGGCUCUUCAACCCAGGUGGGCCCGGUGGCUCUGGUGUGGAAUCUGUUAUACAGGAUGCUGCAUCAUUCCGUUCAGUCCUCGGCCCUCAGUAUGACAUCGUGGGAUUCGACCCUCGAGGAGUCGGACACACCACACCGCUGGUGCCUAUCUUUCAGAGCCCCCCUGAGGCUCUCGAGUUUCUGGGGGCCUAUCCAACAAACGCCAACGAGUCUAUCUCUUCGUUCGGCAGGCAGUACGCUCAGGGUCAGAUCCUCGGCCAGCUCGCCGUAGCUCGCGCCAAAAAGCUGGCAGAGUCUGUCUCGACCCCUACUGUCGCCACGGACAUGCUGAGCAUCACGAGGGCGUUCGGGGAGGACAAGCUGGCGUAUUAUGGUGUCUCAUAUGGCUCGGCUCUCGGCGAGACCUUUGCUGCAAUGUAUCCCAACAAUGUCGGGCGCAUCGUCAUUGAUGGGAUUGUCAACGGCUAUGACUACUACCAGGGAACUUUCUUUGAGAAAGACAGCCUUCUUGAUACAGACGCUGUCCUCACAUCUGUUUACGAGGCCUGCGUGGCGGCCGGCCCAUCCGCCUGUCCGAUAUUUGAGAACACGACAGAGCAGGUCCGGGACAGGGUGAAUAAGCUCAUUGAAAACACCCAUCUCGCACCCGUCCCGGUCAUCGACCCCUCGGAGGAGAGCCUCGGUGCUGCCUUCGCCGUCGUGGACUACAGUAUCGUUGUGCAGAGCCUACUCACCUCGCUGUACGACCCAUAUGCCGAUGCGGCUCAGUUCGCCGAAGCGGUCGUUCAGCUCGAGAAAGGGAACGGCACACUCAUGUUCCAAGGUUCGAUCGCCCAGACACUUGCCGACCCACUAGCGACGUGCAAUUUUAACGCAUCGCAGGCCUUCUCGGCGGGGUGGAUCGACAUUCAAGCCUCCAUUGGCUGUGGUGACAUUCUCACUAGUGCAAAGCUCUCUCGUGAGGAGGCACGUGCCCAGUAUGAAGAGCUAUCGAAGCAGUCGGCAAUAUUCGGGCCAGCGUGGUAUGCUAGGACGCAAGGCAUAUGCUCGGGAUGGACGAUCCGGGCCAAGGAUAGCUUCAACGGUUCAUUCGAAACGAACACAAGCUUCCCGAUCUUGCUCAUCGGAAACUCUCUCGAUCCCGUGACGCCUAUGGUCAACGCACACAUCAUGUCCGCAGGCUUUAAGGGCUCUGUAGUUCUACAACAAAACUCGACAGGCCACACGUCCUUGUCCGGACAAUCCACUUGCAUUGCCAUGGCUUUGAACGCAUACUUCAACAACGGAACACUUCCGGCGCCGGGCACUGUCUGUCAGCUAGAUUCGGACACCAAGAUAUUCGGACCCCCUGGAAGCACUGGACCUUCUUUUAUGAAGAAAGACUCGGAACCCCCAGGCCUGGCUGAGUCUGGUUUCACAGGCAGUGCACGCGCUCCGGCGACUCGGAGGUCCAACCCAGGCUUCACGAAGAGGAUGUUGGCUGGGCGGAUGAUCCGGCGACUUGCUUGAAGGACAGUGCAAGUGGGACACACUGCCACGCUGAGCUGGCGGAUCAAUCGCGUCGAACUUCAAAUCCGUAUUCACCCAUUUUUCCCACGCUGUCUUGAUACUGCUCGCGGUAUUUAUUUGGACUUGUUUGUUCUCUUACGUUUGUUCGGCGUCGCGAUCGGACUUUUAAGUUACCCUUUUGUUCUGAUGUUGUUGCUUGCAUGGAGCUUCAAAGCAGGCUUCAAGCUUUAGUACUUCAGUUCUCCUCAGCUUCAACACUCGUGCAUAUGUCACAUCAUGAUUGCUUCUCUUGCCGAUAGAAAUUGUCACAAUAUUGUAUCUGCCACGCACCCGGAGCUGACGUGCCAGAGGUUCUUUACAUGGAAAUGGCCCAACGACUCAACGUCUGAUUGCCCUUCCACGAAUGCUCACUAGGCACACAGCCUUGCUCCUGCGGUGACUGCGCUGGGAGCACGCUCCUUUUGACAGCUGGCAACGGCACGACUCUUCAGGCACACAGCCUCCAAUGUAUCAUAUUACGGUUUGUCCGCAGUCGACUCGCUAUAUACUCCGAACACAUCGCUUACCGCUGACCUCGGCAAGUUCUAUGUCACUAUGUUCAUUUUAGCACCAGGCUGUGCCAGUGUGAGUAUAAAAGCCCAAGAGUAUGGUGACUAUGGUCUUUAGUCCUGCCUCAUCUUUUGCACCGAAAUGCGCCUCCAUACAAGCUUUUCCUUCUCAAUCGUUGUUCUGGCGUCCCUAGUGCCAGCACGCCGCCUGGCACGUCGGGAUGUCGACUUCAACUGGUCGGCGGUGCGUUGCA